AUGUUCAGAUCAUUACUACGUGCAAACGUUGCCAGAUCAGCUAUGAUCUCUCAGGGUCCCGUUCGUUUCUACUCACCAAGCAAUCUGUCUAAAACUGCCAUUUCUAGCCGAGUCAUUGAUGUUAUCAAGUCAUUCAACAAGACAGACGCCAGCAGCAGCAACCCAACAGAAAUCACCAUGGAAUCCAGUUUCAAGAAGGACCUAGGGCUAGAUUCCCUCGACACAGUGGAGUUGAUUGUUGCGAUGGAAGAAGAGUUCAGUAUCGAAAUCCCUGACAAGGUCGCCGAUGAGUUGACCAGCGUAGCCCAAACAGUCGAUUACAUUAAAGACCAUACGGACGCUAGCUGA